UACCGGUAUACGACGUGAAAAGCCAUCUAGCCGUCGGACGAGUGAGACGUCAGAAGAAAUUUGGGAAGUAGCGAGAAAUAGUCAGAAAGAGCACCCACCGGUAUCUGUUGCAACAAUACGCAAGGCUGAAAUAGGCUGAGAAAAGAGAAACGAGUUUAAAACAGUUUAAAGCAGCGGGUUAGCCAGUUAUCACUUUGUAAUUAAAGAGGAAUUAAGAGUAAGUGAAAACUACCAGGCUAUCUCUGUCCACUCGCUUUCUGAGAGUCCAGAGGUUGGUUGAAUUUCGGCGGGACCCGGUGACAAGCUGUGACACCUGCUUACAGGACCGCAACCUCUGGACCUCCAGAGCAGUAACACGGGGGGAUAUAUUUGACAACCCAUCCGAGCCUGUAGAGUCUGUGCUCCGAAAAGGAGGCGGAGGAGGCGGAGAGGGAGAGCACGGCAGGCACAAAGAGCGGAGAGCAUCCAGAGAGGGGGGGGGAAGGAGGACGGGACAACAACGGGGACCCAAAAGCGAGCACCCCUUCUUUAAUUUCUAAUCCACACAAGGCAACACUGUGCCUAUAAGCGUCCUCUGCAAACGGGAUCCUGAGCGCUGUUUAACCACCAAAAGGACUACCUGCUCCUGAUCUGUCUGCCCCUCGGCCCCCGAGUACCCAGUCGUUCCGCUCCACACUGUCCUGAUGAAGGAGGCUGACGCCAUCAAGCUAUUUGUGGGGCAGAUUCCCCGGAAUCUGGAAGAGAAGGACCUGAAGCCUAUCUUUGAGCAGUUUGGCAAAAUCUAUGAGCUAACUGUGAUUAAAGACAAAUACACUGGCAUGCACAAAGGAUGUGCGUUUCUGACGUACUGUGCGAGAGAUUCAGCCCUGAAAGCCCAGAGCGCUCUUCAUGAGCAGAAAACGCUACCAGGGAUGAAUCGGCCAAUCCAGGUGAAACCAGCUGACAGUGAGGGCAGAGGAGAGGACAGGAAAUUGUUUGUGGGCAUGCUGGGAAAGCAACAGAGUGACGAGGAUGUCAGAAGACUGUUUGAGCCCUUUGGAAGCAUAGACGAGUGUACUGUGUUGAGAGGACCUGACGGCACUAGCAAAGGAUGCGCUUUUGUAAAAUACCAAGGACACUCUGAAGCACAGGCUGCCAUCAACAGCUUGCAUGGGAGCCGCACAAUGCCUGGAGCGUCAUCCAGUCUGGUGGUGAAGUUUGCCGACACAGAGAAGGAGCGGGGAUUGAGGAGGAUGCAGCAGGUGGCCUCCCAGCUCAGCAUCUUCAGCCCCAUGACCCUCAACUUCCCCGCCUACAACGCCUACACACAGGCAGUCAAUGCACAGCUUGUUCAACAGCAGGCCCUGGUUGCCCAGUCAGCGUACUUGUCUCCUGUGGCAACAGUUGCCGCCGUACAGAUGCAGCAGAUGGCGGCACUCAAUGCCAACGGAAUCAUUGCCACACCCAUUACAUCCAUCACGCCAUCUUCGGGUACAAACACUCCACCAACUAUGGCAGCAACGCCUGUGCCAGCUCUCCCUCCUCCAAUGGGAGUGAACGGCUACAGCAGUUUGCCCGCCCCCACCAAUGGACAACAAGCAACAGAAGCCCUCUACACCAAUGGCGUUCACCCAUAUCAAGCUUGCUUUUUUUCUCGCUCUUCAGCUCAGAGUCCAGCAGCUCUGGACCCUCUACAGCAGGCAUAUGCCGGCAUGCAACACUACACAGCGGCGUAUCCUGCUGCUUACGGAUUGGUUGGGCAGCCGUUCCCCCAGCAGCCAACACUGGUUGCCCAGCAACACCAGCAGCCCCAGCAACAGCAGCAGAGAGAAGGUCCAGAGGGCUGUAACAUCUUCAUCUACCACCUGCCUCAGGAGUUCAGUGACUCCGAGAUGCUGCAGAUGUUCCUGCCCUUUGGCAAUGUCAUCUCUGCGAAGGUGUUUGUUGACCGAGCCACCAACCAGAGCAAAUGCUUCGGAUUUGUGAGUUUUGAUAACCCAGCCAGCGCUCAGGCUGCCAUCCAGGCCAUGAAUGGCUUCCAGAUCGGCAUGAAGAGACUGAAAGUGCAGCUCAAAAGGCCCAAAGACGCCAACCGUCCAUACUGAGUGAUAUAUGAGAGGAAGAAGAAGACAUGAAAAAGAGGUGACCAUUCAGAGUCCAGCUGAGGUGGAAUCCCAGGGUUCAUAGUGCUUUCAGACUGUCUGCUACCUUUGAGCGUCCGGGGAGUGCAGCCACAAACACACACACACACACACACACACACACACACACACACACACACACACACACACACACACACACACACA